AUGGCCCCGGGAAAGGCCAGAGCGUCGAAGAAGGUCGAGGUGGUGGGUAAAACAAAACCCAGCAGACAAGCUGGCUCAGAGACAAACCCGACUGAAAUAGAGGUCAUGGUCCACCCACGAAGAGUGGGAUGCCUCAUGUUGUUUGUCGGCAACCACGAAGACAAGGGAGAGGAUGUCGACUAUUGGCGUGUACGCCUAGGCUGGGCAGGGGAUGAAAAGCUCCGUGAUGUCUACCACCGCUAUGAGGCGGUUGGAGAUCCCACACAGGUUGAAGUGAAUGGACAAGUGCCUCCUCUCCGAUUUGUUUGGGUGUUUGAGACCGGGGAAUGGGUCGACAAGGCAGCAAUGCUGCGAGAGAGGGCGCAGAAGGCGCAUAGGGAGGAGGAAGGACGGAAGACAGCAUGCAUGGCAGCAAAUACAGAAGCGAAGACAGGCCGUGGGGGGAAUCGUCGGGCAAGAGCUCAGCCCGUUGCCCCCGAUGCGGACCCUGACGCUUGCCGUCACGCCGCUGAAGGGACAAGCGCUGGAGCAGGGGAAGUGGAAGACGGUGCUAGCCACGACCCUCCUCUUGAGCCAGAGGUAAAGAAGAGAGGGAGAAAACCUGCGGCAGCAAAGACAGCUCCCAAAGCAGCUUCCAAGCGCAAGAGGGGGCAAGGCGAGAGCGAUGAAAAGGCGGCCAAACCUUCUGCAAAGCGGAGGAUAAAGGCAGCUCAAAAAUGA